UUAUGACAGAUUGUCAACAAAUAGUAUCACGUAUAUUCUUAGCUAGUUAUGAAGCUGUGACAAAAGAAACUUUAAAAGAAAACAAGAUUACGCAUGUUCUGUCAUUAGGUGAUUUCAACUAUCAGUCAGAUGGUAUUCAAUACAAGAAUAUCCCUAUGAUGGAUAUUGAAGGCCAAAAUAUCAUUCAAUACUUUGAUGAAACAAACACAUUUAUUCAAGAAGCUUAUAAAGAAGGAGGACGUAUUUUGAUUCAUUGUCAAGCAGGUGUGUCUCGUAGUCCUACUGUAUUAGCAGCCUGUCUGAUGAAAUCAAAAAAGAUCAAGCGAGAUGAUGCUUUAGCAAUCAUUCGACAAAAGAGACCUUCUAUUGCUCCUAAUGAUGGGUUUAUGGAACAACUUUCAUUGUAUUAUGAUUUGAAUUUCGAUGUGGAUGCUAGACAUGCAGACUAUAGACGCUUCUUAGUAGCAACCAUGGCAGAAGAACAAAAAAAUUAUGGCUAUAUAGAACAUGUAGCACUGGCUGCUGAUCCAGAAUAUACACCGCUAACCGAAGCAAGCGACAAAAAGAAAUUCAGAGCACUUCGAUGCAGAAAAUGUAGACGUAUGCUUGUUGGAUCAGAAAAUGUAGUAGACCAUGAACCAGGCCAAGGCCAAAUUUCGUUCUCGUAUCAUAAGCGUAACUCAGAUAUCAAUAUCACCACCACCACCACUUCCACUACAGCAGAGGGUUCUGAAGUAAAUGCUUCACGCAACAAAGUGAAUGCUUCACUUAAUCCCUUAUUGGCUUCAUUAGCCAUACAGAACAACACCUGUUCUUCUUAUUUUAUUGAACCCAUGCAAUGGAUGGAAGGAUUGAUUGAUGAUGUACAAGGACGUAUUGACUGUCCUAAAUGCCAGUGUAAAUUAGGUGCUUAUCAUUGGGCUGGAGACCAAUGCAGUUGUGGUCGAUGGAUUACUCCUACUUUUAUGCUUCACUGUAACAAAGUAGACCAAGUGAUUCGAAAAUAAAGGAGACUAAUUUUAAUUUACAGAAA